GUCUGUAUCUUGUUGACAGAUUCGCCCUUCUAACUAUCCCCCACACACGUAUAUACCGAUAAUUCCUCACUUCAAUUUCGCCGUGGUCGCUGCUGCCUUCAGAAAAAAACCCUACAUCGGUCUUCCUCCGCCGCCUCAGAUGGACACCAAUGAUCAUGCUGACUAUCUUCUUGGAAACAAUGUGAAUCCAGAGCAAGAACUGCCUUCAGGCUCAGAAAGUCUUUUUCAGCCAAAUGUGGCUUCAUCAGCCCAUCUUCAGCACACUGGGUCUUCAGGACCACUGAGCAGAUCUAGACCUCCUAGAACAAUAACAACCAUGACUGGAUCUUCAACAUCCCUAUUGGGUUCUGAAGGUUCAAAAACUACUAUAGGAAUUGACAGAGGCCAUUUAGAAGAUACUGCAAAGGUAUUGAAUCUGAAGCCAAAUUCUUCUGCUCAAUGUAACUUUCCUGGUGAAGAUAACAGGCCUGUUUACAAGGCUCGAAAUCUGACUUCUGAUUCUCAAUCAGUUGAAGCUACUCAGGGUCAUUAUAUCUCACAAACAAUAAACUCAACUUCUCACAAGCGAGGGGUUGGGCUUCUUAAUAGGCAAAACUAUGCUAAACCAAGAGUGACAGGACAAAGUGCCUUUGGCUAUGACAAGUUUGGAAGGAAUGGUAAUUAUAGCUCAUGUAGGAACACUCAAGAUUUAAGGGAGGCAGUUCGGGGUCCACGGGCUAAUAGAGGCACAUACAAGAGUUCUUUUGGCUCAACGGAUAGAAAGUCGAAUCCAAGUCAGCUUGUGUGUAGAAGUAAAUACAAUAAGCUAGAUUUUCAGACCAAGUAUGCGGAAGCCAAAUUUUUCAUGAUAAAGUCAUUUAAUGAAGAUGACAUUCACAAAAGCAUCAAAUAUAACGUGUGGGCAAGUACACCGCGAGGAAAUGAAAAGUUGGAUGCUGCAUAUUGGGAUGCACAAAGAGUAAUGUCAAAGGGUUCAAAGUGUCCAAUUUUCCUGUUCUUCUCGGUUAAUGCCAGUUGCCAGUAUGUAGGGUUGGCUGAGAUGCUUGGACCUGUCGAUUUUAACAAGGACAUGGAUUUUUGGCAGCAGGAAAAAUGGAAGGGGUUUUUCCCACUCAAAUGGCACAUUAUAAAGGACAUACCGAACCGACAUUUUCAGCAUAUUACACUUGAAAAUAACGACAACAAACCCGUAUCUUUUAGCAAGGACACCCAGGAGAUAGGGCUUCCACAAGGUCUCCAAAUGCUGCAAAUUUUCAAAGACUACAGUCCGACAACUAUGCUGCUUGAUGACUUAGAGUUCUAUGAAAAGAGAGAGAAGUCGCUUCAGGCUACAAGAUGGCGACGAUCUGCAAUGAUGAAUUAUGAUAGAAGGCUUUAUGACGAAAUGAAUUAUGCGGAACACUUGGAAGAAGCACUCAGUAAUCUGAAUGUGACUGGGAAGUCUGGAAACAAGUUUGAUCACCUGCCGUCAUCUAACUACACAAGAUUCGGUUCAUAACCACACGUCCCUUUGCACUCCUUUGCUCUAACACAAACUGUAGCAAACAGAAAGGAGAUCGCAAAAUCGCACACAUGGAUUGUGUCAAUUGUUCUUUCUCAUCAUACUUCUCCAAGUAAAUUCUUAGUUUUUCUCCAAGUAAUUCUUAUGCAUGAUUAAACUGAUGGGCAAUUUAUGAAAAUGCACUUCUAUUAUUAUUUUCAAUUGAAAUGUGUUUAGGAUAA